AUGGCACCCCAUGGAGAGUCUUUGGCUAGCUCUUUCUCUAGGAAAAGCAACAUGUCAAAGCCACCAAAGCUUGCCUCUGAGAACCUUCAACGAACGGUCUCAGACAUCUCUUUUGAGCUUACCAAAGAAGAGAUCGAUGAUUUGAAGCUGCCACCAAUAUCUGAGGUUGAGAAUGCCAAGUGUGAGUGCUGUGGGAUGUGUGAGGAGUGCACACAUGAGUACAUAGACCGUGUGCGUGAGAAGUUCAAUGGGAAAUGGGUGUGUGGAUUGUGUGGCGAGGCAGUGAAAGAAGAGUUGGAGAAAAAUGGAGGGGAAAAGGAGGAAGCGUUGAGUGCACACAUGAGUGCAUGUGUUAGGUUCAACAAAUAUGGGAGGGCUUUCCCAGUUCUGUUCCAAGCUCAGGCCAUGAAAGAGAUGCUCAAAAAGAGCACUCUAGAUGGUAGAAGGGCUAAGUCCAUCAGCCCUAGGGACAAGGGAGGGCCAAAGAAAGGAGGGAUUGCUCGUAGUUCUAGUUGCAUUCCAGCACUUACAAGAGAGAUCAAUGAUAUCAAAAUAGUCAACUAA